UCUCAAAGCCACGCCCACAUUUCUUCCCCGCAUCGUGGACUGAAGCGUCGUUAUUUUAACUAAAUUACAGUAAACUGUAAAUAUAACUCAAUCUGUAUGUCACAGCGUGGGGCUUUACGGCACACAUCCAGUCUGUCCUCGUCUCUGAAAUAAUGAAACAGAUGUCAGACGACAGAAGCUGUCCUUAAACGCAACGCCGCUCUUGGAUAUUGAGCACGUUAGCUUGUUAUGCUAGCUGGCUAACAGUGCUACUUGUGGAGAAUGAAGACUUGCAAUGGUAACACCAGCAUCAUGGACAUGUUUGAAAAGGGGAAAGUUCUGAAAAUAUGUGCCCCUAUGGUUCGAUAUUCAAAGCUUGCAUUCAGGUCCUUGGUGAGGAAAUAUGACUGUGAUAUCUGCUUCACUCCAAUGAUAGUUGCCUCUGAUUUCAUGCGAUCUGUCAAAGCCAGAGACAGUGAAUUCACUACCAAUGAGCAUGACCGGCCCCUGAUUGUACAGUUUGCUGCCCAUGAUGCCCAGACUCUUGCUGAUGCAGCCUGUGUUGUAGCACCUUUCUCAGAUGGAGUUGACCUCAACUGCGGCUGUCCCCAAAGAUGGGCUAUGUCAGCUGGGUUUGGUGCAUGUCUCAUCAACAAGCCUGAACUUGUAAAAGACAUGGUCAGACAUGUCAGAAACCAAGUGGACAAUCCAAACUACACAGCGUCCAUCAAAAUAAGAAUUCACAAGGACCUGAGGCAGACUGUGGACCUGUGCCAGAAGGCUGAAUCAGCCGGUGUGUCAUGGAUAACAGUCCACGGCCGUACAUCGGAAGAACGCCACCAGCCAGUCCAUUAUGAUGCCAUAAAGACAAUCAAAGACAGCAUAUCCGUCCCAGUCAUUGCCAAUGGAGACAUAAAGUACCUCCGUGAUGUGGAGUCCACUUACAAGCUUACUGGUGUUGAUGGAGUUAACCAAAAGAUGACGCUGCAAUGGACUGCGGUGGCCCUCUUUCUCUAUGUGGAGAUGGGCAUUCUUGUCAUCCUCUGUUUACCCUUCAUCUCAGCCAGGAGGUGGCAGAGUAUUUUCCAGCUGAGGAUCUGGAGCAGUGUGGCGCAGUUAUGGAACAAAGUGUUUCUCACAAUGAUCAUAAUACUUAUUGUCCUCUUCCUUGAUGCAGUGCGUGAAGUGAGGAAAUAUUCAGCUAAAGAAGUUGGCACAGAUACCAAGCUGCAACCGAACAUGUUUGAUCACCUGCACAUGAAGCUUUUCAGGGCCCAGAGGAACCUCUACAUCUCUGGCUUUGCUGUCUUUCUCUGGCUGGUUAUGAAGCGAGUGGUCACCUUGAUUAACCAACUGGCAUCAGUGUCUUCCACUACUGCUGCUCUUCAGGCUCAGGCCGACAGUGCUAACCAGACUGCCAAGAAAUACAUGGAGGACAAUGAGUUGCUCAAACAGACUCUGAUGGAAGGGAAGGGUGAUAAGGCGACCGCAGAGGGCAUGGAGCUGUUGAGGAAAGAUGUGGAGAGACUGAAAGAAGAACUGAAGACCUCAGGAGAUGCCCUGAAGAAAUCCCAGUCAGAGGCAGAUGUGAUGAAGAAGCAGACGGAUGGCCUCGCCAGGGAGUAUGACAGACUGUUGAAAGAACAUCAGGAGCUCCAGAAUCUCCAAGACAGCGGAAACAAAAAGGACGACUAAUAAUUGUAAAAUCCUCCAGAAGGGUGAAGUCUUUACACAGCAACAAACGCGAGAGAGCCACCACAACGCACACAUGCUUUACCUUCAUAUCACGCCUUGUGUCACAAUGCAUAUCACAAAACCAGGAUUGGCUCCUCUAAGGUGGCAGUAACGGUUUUAAAGCAUGGGGGCACAUUUUUAUGAGGGCACCAGUCUGGCUUAAACGGAAUGAGUAACAUUUGAUGGUUUCUUGUUUCUGCCUGGCACAGUGUGACUAAAGAGGAUUGCUUUUUCAAGUGCACACUCUAUCAGGCAGAUUAAUUGCGCACGGUAAUUGGAGAGAAUUUAGUCGGUAAUCGACCCAGGUCUGAUCACCGACAACUUAAUAUGUUAAAGGAAUAUGCAACAAGGAUGGGUGUUGUUUUAUGGCUUGUACAUUUGUUUUUUAUACAGGUGGACAGUGUACAGGGCAAGAUUUGUUGUAAUCUAGAGCUCUCUGUUACUGUUACUGUGGUAAACAGCUAUGAAUGUAUUUUGAUAUUAAGGGUUUGCUUCUUUGUUUCAGUAUAUAGCAGGGACACCUGCUGCACCCAUUUUGAGCUGAAACGCACAGUAUGUAAAUUUAGUCUGUUCUUGCAUGGCUGUGCAAAUAUAGUUUGCAUGUGCAGUGGCACUUAGACAAAUCAUUUUCAUACUUUUUGUUGUAUUACAGCCGAUGAUCUGUACUUUUUGGUGAACGAUAAUGGUUGGAGAGUUCUAUCAUCCAGUGCUGAUAUCAAUAAAACUGAAUAUCUGUAGGAAUAUAAAAUUGCAUUAAACCCCCGUUCAACCACAUGUUUAUAAUAAAAUAGAUUCAGUCUUGGUCAAAGGUAGGUGUUAAAAUAUGUCUUAUGUAUGUUUCUGAGCCAUAGAAGGCCCAGGUUGCUGUAUAUUUGCUGCACUGCAUGUUUCAUUUUUGGGUUAGCGCACGAGUUGUACUGUUAUGUGUCAUGAAAAUAAUGAUGGUUAUAUUUCCGUUAUUCAGACAGAGCCUCAUAACUGUGAAAGAGGAGCCGAGGCUGUGAUGGCCAGAGGCUUUUAUGUUCCCCAAUUUUUUUUAAUGAUUAAUAGGCAUUGUCUGUCUGUCCAGAGUUAAUUAUCAGGACAUAGAACUGCAAAAAAAAAAAAAGUAUAAAAGUUGUUUUCUGCCUUUUCUGUUAAAGACAGAAUUCAGAUUGAAGUGCCUUUUUAUUUGGAUGAAGUACAUUUUGUUUAAUAAAGAUACAUUCCUUUA